UUCUUUCCUUUCCAACCAGAGAGGGCUGCUGCAGAACCCGCUGAAGAGCCCACAAGGCCAGCUGGUACUCCAGACUACGGUAGUGGGACCAUGAAGGCAAAACCAGCUACCCAGUUGGGUUGUUGCUACAAGAGGAAAGCCCUGGAUGGUUUAGGAGGCUCCCUGUUCUCCAGCCUGGACUUCCGGCUCUAUCAAGAUGACCAGGUCUGCUCAGCUGACACUUCUCAGCCACUCCCAGACACAAUGGAUGCUCGUGACUUACCCUGGAGUGAGAGGAUGUGCCCCUUACCACUGGCACCGGCUAAGCCCUCCUUGCUGGCCUGCCCCGAAGGCCUGGACCUACGCCUGUGUGCCCUGCAGAAGAUACCCCUAGGCAGAGCCUCGCAGGAUCUCGGAGAGGAUGCCUCAAACACUAGUGAGUCAGGGGCCUUGGGGCUGGAUCUGGGAGCUCUGUUGGUGGGUUGA